AUGGAGACUUUCGGUCCGCAUCAGGGACCAAAACAAUUUGUUUUGUGUUUUGAUGGGACGGGCAAUAAAUUUGCGGGUGAUGCUUCGGAUACAAAUCUGGUUAAAAUCUAUCGCAUGCUCGAUCGCAGCCAGAGUCACCAGUACCAUUACUACCAACCUGGCAUCGGAACAUAUGUCACGUCCCAUACCCUUGGCAGUAAGAAUAGAUUUGAGCGCAUCAAAUCAUCGUACAGAAAAGCCAAAGAUGCUGCGCUGGGAUCGUCUUUCGACGAACAUGUGUUGGGCGGAUACAAGUUCCUUAUGCGAUACUAUGCACCAGGCGAUGAUAUCUACUUUUUCGGCUUCAGUCGUGGCUCCUAUACUGCUAGAUUCUUAGCAGAGAUGCUGGACUACAUUGGUCUUCUACAGCCCGGCAAUGAAGAACUAAUUCGCUUUGCGUGGAAGACAUUCGCAAAGUGGCAGCAACGGCGCGAUGCUACAGAGCACGAUCAUGAAGAAAGACAUAAGCUGUUCAGAUUUAUGAAAGCUUUUCGUGAGACCUUUAGUCGGCCGGUGAGUCGGAUCAAGUUCAUGGGCCUUUUUGAUACCGUGAACAGUGUUCCAAUGUUUGAGAAUGCCUGGAUGGAAAGAAGUAAAUUUCCCUAUACGGCCCAGAGUACCGCACGGGUGAUUCGACACGCGGUCUCGAUCGACGAGAGACGUGCAAAGUUUAGGCAGGACUUGAUCUCCGAGGUGAAGCCUCUUCCUCAAGCUCACCCACAUGCCCACAAGUUAAGACACCUGCUUUCGCGAGACAAUGAUCAUGACAAAGCACACGUUCCCGAGAUCAUGGAGCCGCCAAAUAACGAAGAAAGACGGAAAGCGCGUCGUGCAUCGCGACAAGAAACUUACGGCGAGGAAAUGAGGUACCGAGGCCCAUCAUCAUCGCCAGCCCGAAAGCCUAGCGUCGUCGAAAUACAUACCCACAACGGUCUCCUAACCGAUAGGAUCUCGCUCAAGAGCGCAGUCUCCCGGAACUCCCUUCAUGUCCCCAGUCUGAAUAUCCCGGGACAAGAAGAAGAUGAAGAUAAGCAAGAUAUCCAAGAAGUCUGGUUCCCCGGCCAGCACGGCGAUGUGGGCGGAGGUUGGAAACUGAACCCGGAAGACCCCUGGCCUCUCAGUCAUAUCCCUCUAGUUUGGAUGGUUAAAGAAGCCCAGCUUGUCGGUCUUGAGUUUGAUCCCGAGAAACUCAAGCGCUUCCAUUGUUAUGAAGAGCCAAACUACGAGGGCCUCGGCUUUCAAGAAACCACUGUGAUCGGUGACAAGUCCAACACCCACCAAGACCCUUUCCACGAAGCAUAUAGUCGAACAAUGGACACGGGUAUUGCCCACGACUGCUUGACAUACGGUGGUGGUCUCUCGUUCUUCUCAACUCUCUCCUGGCGACUAAUGGAAUACCUGCCUUUUCGUCGAAUGGACCUCCAAGCAGACGGAUCAUGGAAACCGAUCCGCUGGCCUUUGCCAUGUGGAGAAGUACGCGAUAUUCCAGAGAAUGCACAGAUUCAUAUCAGUGCAAUUCAUCGCAUGAAAAUUGAUCCUAAUUAUCGUCCGGGAAAUUUGAUUGUUGGCGGCUGGGGAAGAGGCGUUAAGAGGGCCCCGGAAAAGUUUGGGAUUGGGCAAUGGGACAUUUGCAUGCAUGAGGGAGAUCCAGUUAGGCAGACUUAUUCUAGGAAGAAGGGGGACAGUGUUUGUCUUGAUGAGUCUCACAUUAGCUGA